AUGAAUUUUAACUACAGACACAGUAACCCUGCCUUCUUCUACCGGCAAGCGGGAGAUCAAAAUGCUGAGGCUUGGAGACGUAGCAAGAGACACAGAGACGAUUUUUCGGGGUUUGCAGGGGAUUAUGCGUAUCAGGAGGCUACGGAGGGACUCCCUGAACUGAAAAAAGGAACUGUUCAAUAUUUAGGUUCACAAGAUUUCUAUCCAACAUUAUUCAGAGUUAAGUUCCGACAAAUUGCUGUUAUAACCGUUAGUCUUCCCUUCUUUGCAUUUCUUUUCUGCAUAUCAUACAGUUUUUUUAAUCAUUACGACUGGGUAACUAAAACCCACUGUAAUGUCUGGAACAUUGCUCCCUCUAUUUCAGCAUCAAUCGGACAUUUUACACCGCAGAAGUAUGUUUGGAAACUAUGUAUUGCUUUACAUUCUGCUCCAAGAUUGCUCCUCUGUCAGAUGUACCAUACCUAUAUGUUUAAAAAUAUUAUCAGAGAGAAAACGGUUCAACAGAUGGCUCUCUUGUCAUGCACUUUUAAUGUUGCAGAGGUGUUCUCUCUUCUCCUACUAUCAUUAGUUCCAAGUAUAGAAGAUUUCUCUCUUCAUAAACUGAGUUUUAGUUCCUUUCUCUUCUUCUCUGUUGGUUAUAUCUCAUCUUCUUAUUAUCUUCUCAGGACUUGCCGCGUAACCAGUUUAAACAGCUGGGAGCGGAAAUCCAUGAUUUACAAGAAGAGGAUUUUAACAGCAAACUUCUUAGCUAUAGGAUUUGCUAUGUAUUUCUAUUGGAGGCAUAACACAUAUUGUGAACCAGGAAUAUAUUCAGUGUUUUCGUUGUUUGAGUAUACGGUGGUGCUGAGUAAUAUGGGAUACCAUUUCACUUCGUUCUGGGACUUCUAUAAUGUUUACAUAUCACUAGGAACAGAGUUCGGGUGUAACUCUUGCUGAUAUAGUUUUCUACUCAUCAUCAUAGCUCACAUAGUUCUGUUAUGCCUUUAGUUUGUGACCAUGUUCUGUUUUAUAUUUUUUAUUAUUUCAAGUUCUUGUAGUUUUCUGGUUUAUCAUACCUUACUCUUCAUCUAUUCCUUGUUAUUUUAUGCACCAGACUUGUCACUCCAUAAAUGGAGAGUUGUUUAAAAAUAUGUCUACAGUCUCUCAAGAAAUCGCUGCAAAAAUAAAUGUAUUUCUCUGUUAUUUAACAUCUAGCAAUAAAAUAUACAUAAUUAAUAA